AAACGAACACAUGUUCUGCAUUUUUUCGUGGACUACCAUUGAAGUCGCUGUACUGGCAGCGAUCGUCGUACUGUUUGUCAGCUGGCGACAUUGACUUCGUUUGCGUAGAUCACUCAAUUGAAUCGGUUUGAAAACUUUAGUGAAGUAGAUUACUGUCGGGCGAUUUUGUCAAAAGAAUGUCCGGGUCGAUUUUCGUCUGGAUUCCAAAACAGCAGCCUUAUUCUCAUUGUAUGCUGUGUCCGCUUCCGAUCAGUAGCAGCAGCGAAUCCUUUGAAAUGGCAACAAUGCAUCGUUCUUCCUCGUGGAAAUCCGAUGUUAAUAAUGACGACAGUCUCUCCACCACACCUGUAUCCGAGUCCGUUAGUCAGACAUGUGGAAGCAAUCAUCGGCAAAGACAGCCAGCUUACAGAGAAUUUACAAACUCAGCUGUGAGCGAAAAUACACAAAAAGGAAUAUCGUCAUCUUCCAUUCAGUAUGGAACCGUGACCAGUUCUCGAUAUCGGAGAGGAGGCCAUUAUAAUUCAUACGACAACAGUCGCCGCGUAAGACAUCGAAAUAACGAUGUGGACCCAUAUCGGGUACAACAGCAGCCAGCACAAUAUGACGGCUUGGUGCAUGCACAUUCUGUAAAUGGUUUACUAAGGCAACAUUCAUGGUCCGGGAGCAACGCUUCGCUGGGUUCAAAUCGAUCGCGAUCUUCAGCUCAUGAUCACCGAUCAUCUGUUUGCAGUAGACAUGGAGAAGAUUCGGAAAAUUGGACUAAACUUGAUGAGUAUGAUGAUAACAAUGAUGUAACUUAUGUGGCAGCUGGCACAGCUCCAGUACCCACAUUUCAUGUAAAUUCUGGUGGCGCUGGUUCGAGCCACUCGGCUGCCGCGCCAAUUACCACCUAUGCAGCACCUGUAAUGUCAGCAGGUGCUGCCAGCCAUUUACCCACCUACCAGCCAGGACUCAAUCUUCCUGUGGAUCAGUGCGACGUACGACAUUUUGAUCAAGGAGUGCCUUUAUCGGACAGUGCUGUGGACGAAUUGACGCCUUCAGCACAAGUGAUGUUCACUCGCAAAGGUCCAACUUCAUCCAGGUACUGUAAAGACCCGACUCUGUUAGGGAAUAAUGUACCGGAUAUGCAAAAUUACGCUGCACGCCAACAUUCGCAGCAUCCAUCACCAGCUUAUUUCCGCCAUCAACUAGAGAGCGAUCGCACUGCAUUGACGUUGCUGGGCAUGAUCUCAGCCCUACAGCAGCAGCGACAAUCAGCCGCCACAAUGGGCAGAUACCAUGCAGAUCUGGACGGUCAAGAAGGAGAUAGCUCAGAAUUGUCGCAAGUUCAACUACAACAGCUACAGCAGUUGAAUACUGCGCAGUUGAUCAGCCUUUUGGGAACGCUCUACCCGGGUAUAGUCGGUCGAGCGCCAACAGGAACUGCUCGAGAUGAUUUAGCACAGCAACGUGGACGAGGGCCAGAAAUGGGUAUAUCCGAGGAUAUUCUACCGAUUUUGAUGCAAUUACUGCAACAAAUGGGACCAAUAAAUCCCACGGCUACGGUAGCGCCGACACCUGCAACGACGGCGAUGGAUGAAGCACUAUUACGACAAGAGAAACUAAGGCAAUUACAGCAAGCAGCAGCUGGAAGCUGGAGUGUGCAACCGGCAUUGAUGCAGCAGUUGAUGACACAGCUUAAUCAAAUGCAAUUCGCGCAACAACAGCAACAAGGGCAACAAGCGGUUGCCGCCAGCGCUGCUGCCGCUGCUGCCGCCGCUGCCGCCACUGUCGCGACCGUCCCAACGAUGAAGAAGCCUUCAUCGCUGUCAUCAUCACAAGCUCAGCUGCAUCACUCGACAUCGACGAAAACGAUGUCGGCGGACACGACUAUGCGACCACAGAAUGAAUACUACUCGACAGUUGCCGCCCGACGUCCAUCGAUGUCAGGAUGUGAGCCAGUAGGUGCGACAUCGAAAACGAGCACUCUGUCAAUGCGACAUUCAGCGACCGGAGCGACGAAGUUGGAGCGGAAGGAUAAGCACGCCCGAACCACUUCAACGGCCGAAAAUAGUGCGAUAACGGUACUACCGCUAAGAGAUGACGCGAAGACACCGUGCGGAGAAAGCGGGUAUCAAAGUGAAUCGUCACCGCCACUACCUGUCGAUUCGCCGCGUUCAAUUUCGAAGAGCUCAUCGACGGCGGUGGCGUGUGGAUCGUCGAAAGCAACCGGAAAACCGGUUAAUAAUUCGUUAGGCUCGAACAGCAGCAGCAACAACUCGUCCGGUAUACAGUCGUUUGCCGCUGCGGCAGCGUCAGGUCUUUCGUCGUCAUCGUCGUCAUCGAACGCAACAACAGUUGCGGCAACAUCGCUAGCCGCUAAUUCCGCUACGGUCAUCAACGACAACUCGUCCACGCCGUACGUGUCCGAGCUAGCCGAUACGACAGAAGUCGCACAGACGACGUUUGUCUGUCCGCCGACACCACAACCAACAAUAAAUCGCGGAGUGCAAUUUGAGAUUUCCGAAAUGGAUGUGUUAAGCGAAGAGAUAUGGCAUUAUCAUAAUUCGGUUACACAAUCCGAAAAAAUGCUCAAUAGAAAAUUGCAUCUACGAGAUAUGCUGUACUAUUCGAUAUGUCCAGUAUUUCCAAUGUGCGGUUUAUACGUUGUUGGAUCAUCGCUAAAUGGUUUUGGCAACAAUACAUCCGAUAUGGAUCUGUGCCUAAUGAUUACAAAUAAGGAUCUCGAUCAGAAGACCGAUGCCGUGGUCGUACUGAACAUGAUCCUAAGCACCUUACAACACACUGAAUGGGUGUCACAUCAAAAAUUGAUACUUGCAAAGGUUCCGAUUCUCCGGAUUAAGUUUGCAGCACCUUUCUCCGAUAUUACAGUGGAUUUGAAUGCCAAUAAUUCUGUGGCUAUCAAGAACACACAUUUGUUAUGCUAUUAUUCCUCAUUUGAUUGGCGUGUACGACCACUAGUAUCAGUGGUAAAGGAAUGGGCAAAACGUAAAGGUAUCAAUGAUGCGAAUCGAUCUUCAUUUACAAGUUAUUCACUUGUACUUAUGGUUAUACAUUAUCUACAAUGUGGCACAGAACCAGGUGUAUUACCGUCUCUACAACAAAUGUUUCCUCGACGAUUUGCAAAUAAAUGCGAUGUACGAACAUUGAACGUCACAUUACCGUUAGACGCUCCAGCCACAUCAGAAUGGCACUAUUCGGAUAAAUCAACGCUUGGCGAACUACUUAUUGGAUUCUUGGAUUAUUAUGCGAAUAAAUUCGAUUACGAUCGCGAUGCGAUUUCCGUACGACUCGGCAAGCGAAUAGACCGUGCCGUAAUUGCACGACAACGACCGAAUGGCGGCUAUCAACAGAAUGGCACAAAUUGGCGGUCACAAUGGCGAUGUAUAUGUAUAGAGGAACCCUUCACAUAUUCGAAUACAGCGCAUUCAAUCUAUGACGAAAUGGUAUUCGAUGCUAUUAAAUCAGCAUUUCGGGAAGCACAUCAAGAACUGGAUUCAACCAGAGAUUUGAAACGAUUAUUGAACUGCAAACCUAUAGCAGUGAAUGCACCAAUGGGAGGAGCCAUGGUGUACGUGUCAUCGUUCAACUCAACUCGUGACACCUCAAGCGGUUCAAUGACCGGUGAUUCCCCGGCGAGUGAAGCGUCAAGACGGUCGACCCCACGUGGGAGCAGCUCAGCAAGCAGCAUUAGCACAGCACAUAGUGGAGCAAGUAGCAGCGGUAGCUCAAGCUCAAGCGAUUACGGUGAAGACCAGGACCAUGACCGAAUGGCCGAUGUUUCGGAAAUCACUCGAGUACCAUUACGGCAACAUUCUAAAUCGCGUAAUCGCCGGUUACCACGAACAGGUGGUGGUGCCAACAAUGGUACGACGACAUACUCCUCAUCCUGUGUACCGAAAGCCCCACAAAUAUCCGUGACCAAUACGGCUGUGACUGCUGAGCACUAAGUGCCCUCCACACUCGAGUUUUUCCCUAAACGAGGUUUCACUCGAUCUCACGAUAUAGACGCCUCUCUCACUCCUCUUUUUGAUCGCUGUGAUAUCAACACAACCGUGAAGAAAAACCAGUCGUGUACGGCCUAUCGUCGUGCCCAGAAAAAGCACAUUCCGGGAUCCUCUUCUAUUCAAGUUUCUCAUUCACAGAAAUACCAUUUUUCAUACCCUGCCACACUCCCUCCCCCUCCACUUUGUCUGCCACUAUUUCUCGCAGCUGUCUCGUAGAUAUCUCCUCUUCUCUAGGACUAAUCUCUCUUGAAAUCUAUCAGUAGUAUUGUAGUUUGUAGUACAGUAGUUUUCAUAGUUCGUGUUUCUUUCCUUCUUUUUCUCUUCAUUUCUUUUUUUAGAUGAAAAUUAUUCGAAAUACGGUUGCAUCAUUGAUUUUAAAUGUGAACAGAUAUUAAACCGACAGGUUUAACUCGGUAUCAGUGUAUGGCAGCCGGCCAAAAAAACAUUAAAAAAUUAUGAUAACAAAAAAUCGACAUAAAACAAAAAAUCAUUUCUUUCUCGAAAAUCAUUUCUUAUCUCUUUCCUUCAUUUUUUCAAAUCGCAUAUGCACACUGCACAACAAAUCACUUUCAUAGGCUCAUCCCUCUAUAUCCGUUUUUCUUCUCUGCGUCGUUUUUCCUCCUCCUCCUCAAUAAUUUUCCCUCCUUUUUUCACACAUCUCAUUUACGGCGUCUUUAUUGUAUGUUUCAUAGCGUUUUCAUUUUGUUCCACAAAAGUUUUUUUUUCUCUUUUGCUCACUUGAGAAAUUUUUUUCUUUGCUUUGCGUACGUAUGUGUUGAGCAGUGAAAAUAUGCUCGCUACGUGUAUGUGUAUCAGCCAUCUACACAAAAUACCAGUAAGAUGAUACUAGUGAACAUUUGAAUAGUCGGGAUAGACAGGGUGAUUGCGGAUCAUUCUGCUGUAACGCAUGUGUCAAUUUUUCUCCUUUUUUUUUCAUCGUAAAAAUUACAAAGCAUCUACUCCACAAAAUUGUUGAUUGUUUUUUUUUCUGUAUAUGUGUACGUUUAUAGGCCUUACUUGCUAGUACAUUUGCCUUGUUAUUAUCCUAUAUAAUCAUCGAUCACAUCUCAGCCGUAUUGCGCUGCAAAAACCUUGAUUCAUUUCGUCGUUCGCGCCCGCUACCGUAUACUUCCAACCAUACCGUAUACCACCUCACUCUUGGGUUACGCGCUCGUUGUAGCACACCUCCGAGCAAAUCCUUCUUGCAUUUUUUUGAAUUAGAGUUACCGGGUGAGAUAUCUCGAAAUGUGAACGACGGUCGUUGAAAAGGUAUGUAGCGCAUUUAUGUGACGCUCUCCAUAUAUCUCUGGUAAACUGUUUUUCCUCCUUCCAUUCUUUGUUGUCUUGGUUAAUUACACUUUGUUUGAUUGUAAAACGUGCAAGAUGGUCAUGUUCUUUUUUUAUAUAGCGAGUGAACGAUGGUGGUGAGAACUUCUCGUUCAAAAUUUAUGCGGUUACCAAAUGUUUUUUUUUCAUCCAAAAAUUGCCACUAUCGCGUCAUAUCGUUCACACAAAUACUACUCAGUUAUCGGUUGUACUAUCAGUUAGAAGCCUUUCCUUUUGAGUAUAUAUCGGCCAGGGUGAUACCAUCUGAGCUGCUGGGUUCGAGCUCAGU